GCAAAGCUUACUACUGCCCUCCCCUCUCCAGCCUUCCCGACAACCCAAACUCUCUCAGGGUCGAGUGGCGAGGCGUCCCUUUGGACUUGACCGAUCACCCGCAUAGGUACCUCUUGGACCCGGACGAAGUCAUGCUGGCGAGCAACCUGCGGCUGGACUGUGCGACGUAUCUCACAUCGAAGCGCCGAAUCAUCAAUCGCAUCGGGUCCCUACGCAUCGGCAAGGAGUUCCAUAAGAUGAUAAGACGAUGCCCAACAGGCUUGCAAGAUCGAUGCCAACAAGGCUAGCAAGUUGUGGCAGGCGUCUGAGAAGGUCGGGUGGCUCAAUAAUCCUUCAUGGGCUGCGCAGUACCUCUGAGGGCAUUAUCCUGAUAGUAGGAUCUGCACUCAUCACAUUACGGAAAUGGCAUCCCGCAUCGCCUCGCAUACAUGCAAAGAAGAUACACUUCUUCUAUGAUGGCCUUUUUGGGGUACCAGGUCCUGUUGGGGAUGUCUCCCUGCUUGACAUUGGUAGCUUUUAUUUGAACGCCGAGGGCAUCCAAGCGCUACUCGACCACCGACUCUUCACUGGACUUCCGGGGGCCCCGGUCCGCUCGAGGAGGACUACAUGUUCCUCAAAGACGACGACAUUGUUCCACAUGAUAUCGGCACUAUCAAGCUGCUCUUGGCCGGUAAUCCUAGUACUAUUAAUGUCUAGGACAAGCAAGGCGAUACAGCCCUGCAUUACGAUGUUAGAAGCUACGCACCAUGUGGCAGCAAGCAUUCCGAUAUUCCCAAGAUCUUGUUCGAAGAUAGAGCAGACGCGGGUCUACAAGGUAGAAACAGGCAAACUCUGCUGCGUUGCUUGGGUUUCCGCGCACUAGGCGGCGAACCCAUCGGCACGGCCCUGAUAGCCCUACAUCUGGCUCAUGGUGCUAACGUGGGCGACGCUGAUGCGGACGGCAACACGCCUCUCCAUUUUGUAAGCGCCAAAAGUUCAAAAGGGAACACGCCGCUACAUGAAGCAGCAGGUGGGCACAUCUGGCUCCAGGAAAGAAGCUUAACACUAGAUGAUCGGAUGAGAGCUCAGGAAGAGAUGAUGAGGGUACUGCUACAGU